ACUCCAGCUGGAGCUGGAAUAAAACAAACACACACAGGACAUCAUAUACAUGUAUUACUCCCCGAGACUGGUUAUCAAGGGUGUGCACACAUAUCAGCACCUCCAAAUCUGAAACCAUGGUCCUCAGUCGAAAAAGGGUGGAGUGCCCCCUCCGGGUCAGGGAGGAGAUCUUGCCCCAAGUGGAGGAGUUCAAGUAUCUUGGGGUCUUGUUCACGAGUGGGGGCAGGAGGGAGCGGGAGAUCGACAGGCGGAUCGGUGCAGCGUCUGCUGUGAUGCGGACGUUGUAUCGGUCUGUCGUGGUGAAGAAGGAGCUGAGCCAAAGGGCCAAGCUCUCAAUUUACCGGUGGAUCUAUGUUCCAACCCUCAUCUAUGGUCACGAGCUAUGGGUCGUGACCGAAAGAACGAGAUCCCGGAUACAAGCGGCUGAAAUGAGUUUUCUCCACAGGGUGUCCGGGCUCUCCCUUAGAGAUAAGGUGAGAAGCUCGGUCAUCCGGGAGGGGCUCAGAGUCGAGCCGCUUCUCCUCCACAUCGAGAGGAGCCAGAUGAGGUGGCUUGGGCAUCUGAUUCGGAUGCCUCCUGAGCGCCUCCCCGGUGGGGUGUUCCGGUCAUGUCCCACCGGGGGGAGACCCCGAAGAAGACCCAGGACACGCUGGAGAGACUAUGUCACCCAGCUUGCCUGGGAACAACUCGGGAUCCCCCGGGGAGAGCUGGAAGAAGUAGCUAGGGAGAGGGGAGUCUGGGCUUCCCUGCUAAAGCUGUUGCCCCCGCAACCCGGCCCCGGAUAAGCGGUAGAUGAUGGA